CCAAUCUGCGGAUCGCCUUGGGCUCUAAUGGCAGAUCUUGUGACGUCCAACACCUUGGACAUCUUUCGCGCCUGACUUCCCAAUGCACGCCACACAGGCCCAACUGACCUCUAUACGCUCAUUAUCCGUGGCAGUAAAGUCUGAAGAUGCGCUGCAGAGCAUCGAUAGGCUGCAGUGGCUUGUUGGUACUUUACACAUCUUUGACGAAAGCGCAACGACAAGGCCUCCUCGAAGCGCGAACACCUUCACCGCGAGACAUCGAACCAAGAGACUUCUGGAGCGAUCUACAAACCAAUCACAUCGACUCCGUCGCCAACGCCGCACAAGCACUCGUGAAUCAAAAGUUCCCUGGAGAAACGCCGACGAAUGUGAAUUUGCAGACAGUGGCAUGGCCGAGCACGUAUCAGAUUGGUGGCACAACGUACACGGCAAUACCCACGGUGACCCAGGCGUCAACAUCGAUGACCUCGGAGUCUACUACGAGCACGGACUCGUCCAGCAUCGCAUCCAGCACGUCGGUGUCGACCACAGAAUCAUCUACCUCGGUCACCUCUUCAACGUCAACGCCAACGCCGACGGAAGUCCACAAGAAAAACCACAUCAACGAUGGCGAUCGCAAAGUUGCAAUCGCCUUGGGAGUCAUAUUCAUCUUGGCAGGUAUUGUUGCGGCGCUACUAGUGCUGUUGGCUGCAUGGUCUAGGAAACGAAGAACAGGCAGCUACUUCAAACCUGCAAGGUGCCCAGAUUGCACUUCAUCAGGCGCGCCGUCUGUUUUGUUCGGUGUUGAUCGGAACUCGGGGGCUUGGAGGGCCGAGCACAAUGAACAAACACAUAGCUGGCUUGCAGGUGCAAGAGCCUUUGGUUCAGUCAGGUCUGGAGGGACGAAUUCGAUUAGAGCCAACUUUCCGGAAAUGACUGGAAGUGCCGAAAGGCUUCCGAUUCCAGUCGAGCCCGGGCAGGCAUUAGCCACUCACCAUGAUUUUCCGCUGGUGGGCGAUAGCUGUUCCAGCCGAGGGAACGGACGAUUGCAGAAGUCUCGUCCUACGACACGAGAAGGGUUCAUCGAGCUCCACGAUGCUCCUGCCGGAACGGCCGAACUAUCUGGAGAUGAUCUGAACACGAUCAAUGAGCUGGAGGGCGACUCUGCAGACCAAAUCCAGCCUAUCACCAGGCGACUCUCGAGCUUCCCAUUCAUGUUCAGCUCGAGUGUCAGAGGUGAUAGUGAUGCAGCCACCACCCCUGGUGGCAUGGCGUCCAGAUCAAACAGCGGAAAUACAAGAACUACAGCAUCAGAGUUAGAUGCCAAUGAGUCUGUCGUAAGAAGACGCCAUUCUAGCCUUACGAAACUCACCAUCAACCCUGUUGUUAUGGCAAACGUCACCGGAUCUGAAACAAACCUCCGAAACUCCAGUAAUGGCUUUGGUAUAACAGUUUCGGAUCUGGAUCAUGACAAAAAUCUCCGACCUUCGGAAAUGGACGGCGAGUCUCCUACAAGAAGGGCUUCAACAUGGCGCGAACUGCAACGUAGCACGUUCACUGUGGACGACCUGAAAGCUGAAAUUGAAAGCUUCAACGCGUUACUCGUAUCCGGUUCCGAAGGCGCUACUACUAGUGUUGCAACCUCUCCAACAGCCAUGGAUGAUGAUCGCCGAGCCUCAGUUCUCAGUCCGUCAUCGACUGGCGCUUGGUCAGAGGCACGCGAUACAUCUCUGGACGAGACUUGCACGGCACCUACAGACUAUACUGCACGCACGCCCUCCAAUGCGUCACAAUCAGCCAAAUCUUCAUCAUCGUCAGGGGAUGGCUCGCCAACUGGGUAUGUCUCGGCGUUACGUCCUGCAUCUCGUUUACCCGACAUCAAAACGACAGAAGUGUUCCUUCCACCUCGGCCACCUCAAGUCCUUCUUUCAGCAACGAAGCCCAGCAGCAUACACUCUGUUUCGUCGAUAUCGACGCUUUCCACGCCUCGCUUACCUGCACCUCCUACGCCAAGUGAGCGCGACACCAUCUUGAACAGGCUUAAGCAACAAACCUCCUCUCCGCGCAUAGCACCGACAAACACCUCACCGGCAUGGGCUCCGGCCGGUGCGUACGCGAUGGCACCCAUAUGGAGGAAGAAACGCCCUGCGCCCCUCACACCGGACUUCCUCCUACCCUCCGCCAAUAGCCCACGUUUAGUGUCACCAUUGAGCGGUGGCGGCGGAUAUGGAACCAAGAGUCCACUUUCCGCCCUUGCCUCCUCCUUCGAGGAUCUUUCGAAGACAACCACACUCAGAGCUCCAGAUCCCACUGCCUACCCAUCUAGCGAAGCCUUGGCAAGCCCAGCUUCAGCAAGUUCACCUCGAAGACCAAGACCAAGACCUCUCUCGCCGGACUGGCUUCCAGAGACACUGCGAGCGGGCAACGGAGCAAGAAAAGGAUCGGCCGACUCUGCGAGCGGCGACAAUGCAGAGCCCAAGAAUGACAACAGCGGCCCAGUCGAGAAUCUCGGCGCAGCGGAAGAAGACCACAUCCUCUCGCACCGCCACAGCCAAUACUUCCGUCGAUGUUCAAGACUUGAUCCGGGCUCUCCAUACUCGUACACUCACGCCCCCGUUACCCCCAAGUUCCAAAGCGGAGGGAAAGCUAUCCACUACCCUACCUCCGAAGAAGUCAAGAAGUUUUCUUUCGACGACGGAUCACGGGAGUCAUCUAGUCACGGAACCGAGGUUCAUUUCGAAGCCAGAGACGACGGAGAUGAUGGAUGGAAGCCUUCCGGUUCUGAUCUUGAGGGCGGAGCUGGAAGAUGGGCUCUCAUGGCUUGAGAAAUCGAUUCAGUGUGAAACCUUUCGCUUCUUCACCUCGUCUUUGCUGCAGGCAGUACGUGCAGAUUUACAUGACUAUCUCUUUGGACGAACACGAAUAAUGGUGUGAGAGCUUCGAAUGUACAUAGUUAUACACAUUUUGUGCGAGCAUACGCCGUUUGGCGUGGGCAUCAAUUGCAAUAGCGGGUCCGACAUAAUUAUUGGCAAAGUGGGUCGACAACAGCGGAGUUGGAAG